CUCAAGCAGAAAAUUUAACAUUAGAUCAAGUUAUUGCAGUUGGAGAUGGAGCAAAUGAUUUAUUUAUGUUGGCAAAAGCUGGAUUAGGUAUAGCAUUUAAUGCUAAACCACGUGUGCAAGAAACG